AUGUCGACACAGCAGCAGGCGCUGAUCAUGGAGACCAUCCUCGCCAUGAGGAGGGCUCUCAAGCGUAAGGCCUACGAAUCCGACUCGGACUCUUCAAUCGACCAACACACCAACCGCGGCAACAAACUCAAGAAGCGGGCGCGCUUCGUCAGGCAGGGCCGCCUCGCCUCGAUGGCCGGUCCUGCUGCCUACAAGGAGAUCGCAGAACACGCCGGCUACCAGCGGGCCAUCAUCUCCCGCAACCCGCCGCUGAUCGACGAAGAGGGCUACGAUAUUGAGAGCGACGAUGACGAGGAGACGAUCCAGCAGGCCGUGGCUAACGCCAUGGAGGCCAAUCCAUACGCAGACAUCCGACUUGAACACAUCCUGGCCCCCCUGACCUCCGUCACCGACCUGCCCACACACCCGACGCUGUCGCGACCGUUUACCUCGAAGGCGCUUAGCGAGCUGGUCAUCCAGGGGAGGGAUCUGAUGCAGAAGGAGAACGCUGCGUUGUGGCGUGCGAAGCCCCUGCUGACCAAGCUCGUGGGCGACAAUACCUGGGCCCCCUGCGGACUCAUGACGGCGCCUGACGACCAGGAUGCACUCCUAUUUACUGAUACGACGAGUUUCUUCACCAACAGACUGCGCCAGCCGACUGCCGAUGCCGCGGCGGCUCCAAAAAUGAACGGCGACGACACGACCAACGCUGCAAACGCUACAGAGGGAGCCAAGCAGGAGACGACACACGCCCAGCCCGAGGCCCAGAUGCAGAAGCCUGAUGUGCAAAUGGAUGGAACACAGAUGGAAGAACGUCUCAAGGAGCCAAGCACAGACGGUGAAGCUCCACGAGACGAGCGUCAAGAGAAGAAUGCCGAAAAUGCACCAGCAGCCAACGCAGGCAAGCCGAACGGCGACCUCGCAGACGACGAGACAGAAAAAGCAGACCAACGAGCCAACGGUGAACCCAAGCCUGCCAAUGCGGCGUCCGCAGAUGUGGAGAUGACCGACCCGCCUGCGCCUAACGCAUCAGAACAAGCAAACGCUUCAGCGCCUUCUGCUCAACAACAGGAGCAACCACCUCAGCCCAACGCUCCCGCCGCUAACAACACCAGUGUCAUACCCAACGGCCUACCCAACCCCUUCGACGACGACGAGGACCCCUUCAUCCACCCGCUCUUCCGCCUUCCUCCCCAGGCGCACCCCGACCGCAACUUCUUCCUCCCGGAGCAGGAAGCCAACGAAGUGCGGCGCCUGCUCCUCCUCUACGUGCAGAAGCAGGAAGAGAUUUGCCGCGGCGCGCGCCGGCUGUACGAAGGGCUGCUCCGUGCCGAGCGGCUGCGCAAGACGGUGUGGCAGUGGAGCAAGGCCGAAGCGCACUGCGGGGCGAACCGCGACAUGUCGGACGGCGAGGACUGGUAUGACAAGGAGGAGUGGGGGCUGACGGAGGAUUUGAAGAAGGGUGAGGAUGAGGUCGAGGAGGACACGCAGGUGGUGACGAAAAAGACAAGAAAUCGGAAGUGA